AUGGAUAGGUCAUGGAUGCAUGCUGAUAGGAGGUCUUAUGAAUAUAAGUUAGGGGUGGCAAAGUUUUGUGAGUUUGCUUUGGGAAAUGCUAGAGACCCUAACCGUAUUUGUUGUCCUUGCACAAAGUGUGGAAAUGUAAAAGAUUUUUCUGCACAAGUGAUAAAGGAUCACUUGUUUGUAAAUGGGAUUGACACAGAUUAUGUGAAAUGGACAGAACAUGGGGAGGUUGUAGUGGAGUCGGGAUCAUAUACGGAUAGUGAAAGUGUUGAAUUAGAGGCAAUUGAAUCUGACUCUGUGCAGGGUAACAUGAGGGCAGAUUAUGAAGUAGAAUUAGAUAGUGAUGUGGAGUUGGAAGGUGAUGAAGAUGAGGAGCUUUCCAGUGAGUGUAAUGAAUUUAAGAAGUUUGUUGACGAUGCCAACAAACCCUUAUACCCUGGUUGCAAUAGGCACACCAAGAUGAAUGUGCUUGUGAGGCUUUACAACUUGAAAGCCAAGCAUGGUAUGAGUGAUUCGGCUUACUCGGAUUGGUUGAUUGCCUUUGCAAAGUAUCUUCCUGAAGGAAACGAGAUACCUGCCUCUGUGUAUGAGGCAAAGAAGAGUUUGAGUGCAUUAGGAAUGGAUUACACCAAAAUACAUGCUUGCCCUAAUGACUGUAUUCUGUAUAGAAAACAGUAUGUCGAUGACACUAUUUGUCCUACAUGUGGUACUUCUAGGUGGAAAAUAUGCAAAAACAAGAAAGAAAGAGAGGGAGUACCUGCAAAAGUCUUGUGGUACUUCCCUCCUAUUCCUAGGUUCAAAAGAAUGUUUCAAUCAAUUGAAACAUCAAAGAGUUUAACCUGGCAUGCCACUGACAGAAACAAGGAUAGCUUAAUUCGCCAUCCUGCAGAUUCAGCAUCUUGGAAGUUAGUGGAUGAAAAAUGGCCAGAUUUUGGUAAUGAACCACGAAACCUACAACUUGCAUUGUCAUCAGAUGGGUUCAAUCCCCAUAGUACCUUAAGUAGCAAGUAG